UGACCAGAGAGAGUACUUCAUCACUUCCGCUGGCCAAAAUAAUUGCAAUUAGUAUUUAAAUAUCCAAAAAUAUCAACGAAAAUGGUAGAAGAAGAAGAAGAAGAAAAGACGCAGAAAUCUCGGAAGCAGCAGCGACAAGAGGAAGAAGACGACGACAAAAAACAAAGACGAGACCCGGAGAUGUCUUCUAGAUCAUCGCUUCACUCACUACCACCAACGACCGUUGAUUCACCUCCUGACUCACCCAACACCGUCUCUUCAAUCCCCGAUAGCCACGGAUCUUCUCCUCACACAGUCGUCCCAACUCCUUCCGUCGCUUCCGUUGCCACGAAGAACGAGACUCCUUUUAGGGUUACUAACGCAGACUUGGCGGAGCAGAAACUCGGCGAGAGUAGGAGGCGAUUGAGGCCGAGCUUCUCUACGACUCCGCGUGAAUCGAAAUGGACAAGUUUCGUGAGGAAGGCUUUGCUUGGGUUUAGGGUUUCUGCGUUUGUGUCGUGUCUCGUCUCCUUCUCUGUUAUGGUUGCUGAUAGAGAUAAAGGAUGGGCUCGUGAUUCUUUCUACAAAUACAAAGAGUUCAGGUUCUGUUUGGCUGCGAAUGUGAUUGGUUUUGUCUACUCAGCUUUUAUGAUAUGUGACCUCGUGUAUCUGUUAUCUACUAGUAUCCGCAGAUCACGGCAUAACCUCCGACAUUUUUUGGAAUUUGCUCUUGAUCAAAUGAUAGCGUAUCUUCUUGCAUCGGCUUCAACUUCAGCUUCGAUCCGUGUAGACGAUUGGCUAUCGAAUUGGGGAGCAGACAAGUUCCCAGACUUAGCUAGAGCAUCUGUCUCCUUAUCUUUCGUCUCCUUUGUCUCAUUCGCCUUCUGCUCCUUGGCUUCCGGUUAUGCCCUUUGUUCACUCCGGUCUAAUCUAAUAUAAACCAAAACAAGCACAAGCUCCAAACAGACGAUUUCUUUUCUUUUUUUUUUUGAAUGGAAGACAGACGAUCUCAUUUUGUUUUAAGUUGUAACAUAUAAGUUGCAUCCUUAUGUAGGCUCUGAUUAGAGUUGUGGUUGUCAAGGUUUUACUGGAUUAAACAGUUUCUAAAGUUUA